AUGUUUGGACAUCCAGUUAGUCUCACUUACAAGAACUCUCAAAAAUAUAACUCUCUUGCAGGUGGCGGUUUACUUCAUUUCAGAGGUUAUUACGGUAUUCUAAAGAGGAAAAGUGACUAUUUUAAGUGCAAUCAAACAGUUCUUGAUAUUAUACAUCCUAAUAAAAGCAAAAAAUGCAAAACUGAUAAUGAAAUAGAUGAUUUAAUGCCAACCACCACUGCAGAGGUUUUAUUCAUGUAGCAGGCUUUUUAUUAGGAUGAUUUUAAAAAUCCUAUUAAGAACUACUUCCAUUCUUAUUAAAUUGGACUCCUGAAAAAUUAAAGAUAAGAUACUAUUCAAAGAUAGGCCUAUACAAUUCUUGAUGCCAUUACAAAUACUGGUGGAUUUAUAAGUAUCAUUAGCCUUAUGAAAACCAAUUUUCUCAAAUUUGAGGAUAAAGAUUUUAAGAUCAAAUCAACGGAUAUGCACAAAGAUAUAUUCAAUAAAAAAGUAAAAAAGGAUAGAUUUGUCAUUGAUUAGUCAUCAGCAAACGAACAAUUAGAAAGUUUAUAAAAUAUUUCAAAGAUUUUAAAAGAUAUUGGGGGGAAAAAUGAUUAGCAAACAGAAAAUUUUGAUGAUGACUUUAAUUGGAAUCAAGAAUCUAACACUUAAUAGAAAUCCAUGGAUUAAAAGAAAUAAAAAAAAACUUGGAAAAAUAUAGAAGAUACAAAACUAAUAUAAAAAUGGAGUGUAAAGAUUGGAAAAAUAAUUUGA